AUGACGUCACAAAACGAGCUGGUGAUUCCCACUGUUAGUGUCGCCGACUCCAGUAUUGGUGGCGCAGGGGAUGGGCGUGGCGGUGGUGGUUGUGGAGAGGAGGAUGAAGAUGCAGAGGAAGUCACGGAAACUAAGAUUAUUGGAGUUACUGAAACGGGCGUCAUUCGCAAGAGAAGCUUUAAGCGCAAGCUGACUAAAGAAGAGAUGUCGAAACGAACUUAUGGCGCCGACAAAGCUGAGUAUGCCAAAAUUGCGGAACGAGUUUUGAACGAAAAAAUGUUUAGCGGUGCUGUAGAGGGUCUUAGGGAGAGAUGGAAGAUGCUAACCUACAUGCAUACAGACUGUAUGGAUAUGGUCGACCAGUGGAUGGCCAGACGAGAGGAGCUGUUGCAGAAGAGACGUAGAAAAGACGUAGACAUUAUCGUAGCCUUGGUCGUUGCAUCGUUCGUGUUUAUUAUUGUUUGUUGGUGUAUUAAAACUUUUAUUUGGUGGUAA